AUGUACCUCAAGGAGCUCGAGCAAGUCACCGCGCUUUUGGCAUAUACCGACGUCGAGCGCUCGCCUGUGCGCCGGUUCUUGCACCGCUCGCGCAAAGUGGCGCUGGCGGAACAAGUGAACUCGGCGAUUCUAUUUAGGAGCGGCAAGCCGAGUCAGCCGCUCAUCGAGGUGGCGGUGAGACAGACGACGUUGCUGUGGAAUCACUUGUUGGCCGAGGAGGUGCAGGUGCCACUGGGGCAUCCCGUGUUUGGCUUGGUUGCUGCAGGAGGGGCGGGUGGAGCGUACGAUGACGCUGGUGGAGCGGCCGCGGCGGCGGCAGGAGGGGGAGCGGGUGGCGGAAAGAAGCAUGCCAACACGAAAAAGCUGCCGCCGUGGAAGUUUAGGACGUUUUUGCAGGAAAGGUGA